AUGUUCGAUUCCGGUAUCAACGGGAUCAGCGAAGUGGGCACUGUUUCUGAGUUCGGCACAGUCUGGAUCGUUGCCGACAGCAUGUUCGAUUCCGGUAUCAACGGGAUCAGCGUGGGUGGUGGUGGCAUCAAGGAAACCGAGGAACGUUCAGGUAGCAUGUUUGUGCGGCUUUCCGGGUCUGGGAAUAGAGGUGCGAGAUCACUGCCUGUUGGCAUCAGUGGCAUACCGGGAACCACCGUAGACUUGUUGCCGUCGCUGCCUCUCACCGGGCGUGGUGGUUGA